GUUUCCCUUCGCCUCUAAUUUCCCCUCUUGCGAUCGAGGAGGGAGAGAGGAUCGAGAGAGAGGAAGGUCUUGGGGGAGAUCGCGCUGCGUUCUGUCGCCUUCGAACCCUUCUCUCGAUCUCGAACUCAAUUCUCUACAAGUAAGCUGGAUCCGUCGCAAGAGACGCCGUUGAAGCCACCGACGCCGACACCGUCGUCGUCGUCCAACGGCCUGAUCCGUUAUCGGUCUCCGUCCGCCCCGGAGCUCAGCCGCGCCCCGGCCGAGCUCGAAGCCAAGAUGAAGCGGGCGCGCCAGGAGUCCUUCCCUGACAAGAUCCAGCGCUUCCGCGGCGUCAUCCUCGUCGUCGCUGUCCCCCUCCUCCUCAUUUCCUUCGUCCUCUUCCUCAUGCCCCGAUCUCCGGCGACGAUCUCCAUCGCCGGAAGGAAGGCGAUGCCCGGCGGCGGCGAGCCGAGAUCUAAGAGUUAUGCUGUUAUCUUUGACGCGGGGAGUUCGGGGAGCAGGGUUCACGUCUACUGCUUUGAUGAGAACUUGGAUCUUCUCCACAUAGGGAUGGAGUUGGAGCUCUUUAUACAGAAAAAACCAGGCUUGAGCUUCUAUGCUAACGAUCCUCAGGAGGCUGCAAAUUCUCUUGUUCCUCUGUUGGAGAAAGCUGAAAGUGUUGUUCCAGUGGAAUUGCGACAGAAAACACCUGUCAGAGUUGGGGCUACCGCAGGUCUGCGAGCUUUGGGAGCUGAAACAUCUGAAAAAAUUUUGCAAGCGGUAAGAGAUCUCCUUCAACGCAAGAGCUCGCUGAAGUUCAAUCCAGAUUGGGUGACUGUCCUUGAUGGAACUCAGGAAGGUGCUUUCCAAUGGGUCACUAUUAACUAUCUAUUAGGAAAACUUGGAAAGUCUUAUGCAAAGACUGUUGGAGUAGUUGACUUGGGGGGUGGAUCUGUUCAAAUGGCUUAUGCCAUCUCGGAAAAAGAUGCUGCAAAUGCUCCGAAAGUGUCAGAUGGACAGGAUUCAUAUGUGCAGGAAUUGUUUCUGAAGGGAACUAGAUAUUACUUAUACGUCCACAGUUACUUGCACUAUGGUCUAUUGGCUGCUCGUGCAGAGAUUCUGAAGAUCACGGAGGAUCGCAGCAACUGCAUUUUGGGUGGCUACGAUGGGUCAUACAAGUACGGUGGCAAGGCAUACAAAGCAUCAGCAUCACCAUCUGGUGCCAGCUUUUCCAAAUGCAGGGAUGAUGCAAUUAAGGCUCUCAAAGUUGAUGAACCAGCAUGCACUCACAUGAAGUGUACAUUUGGUGGCAUCUGGAACGGCGGAGGUGGAGAUGGGCAGAAACAUCUAUUUGUGGCAUCCUUUUUCUUUGACAGAGCUGCCGAGGCUGGGUUUGUAGAUAGCGAGAAGCCAACUGCUAAGGUUAAACCUGCAUAUUUCAAGAAGGCUGCAAAGCAGGCUUGCCAAUUGAGUGUUGAGGAUGCUAAGACCAAAUAUCCUCUUGUCCAAGAUGAUAACCUUCCCUAUUUGUGCAUGGAUCUCGUGUACCAGUACACUUUGCUGGUAGAUGGGUUUGAUGUAGAUCCAGAUCACGAUAUUACACUGGUAAAGAAGGUCAAAUAUGCCGACGCGGUUGUUGAGGCAGCAUGGCCCCUCGGUAGCGCCAUUGAAGUUGCAUCGUCACCAUAAGGUCAAUCUACUUUUCGCUAUUGCAGCUACAACAAAGAUUCCACACUGAAGCAUUCUACUCCAUGGUGUGGUGGUUUUGCCUGUGGGAUAUCAAAGCAUCUAUCGAGCCUGGUGGUUAUGAAAGAAGGUUAAGCUGCAGCAAGGGAUCCCGUAAUCACAAUUUUGCAUUCGAUUAAUUGGCUUACAGUUGUAACUCAAUAAAAAAAAAAAAGAUGUAGGACUGCAAUUUAUAGAUUUGCAUGCUGAAUUCUCAUAUUCAAUUUUUCAUGCAGUUGAAUGAGAUUUCAUACGCAUUUUUUUUA